AUGGAGGAGAAUUGGAGGACGCAAUUGCAGACAAAAUCGCAUUUGAUCAAGACGUUUCAUGAAUUGACAACUAUGGGAAUUGUGAAAAAGACCAAUGAUCGAAAAUGGCAGAAGCUUAUUUGUCCAAUUCUUAUCUUAUCUCUCUCACCCUUUGGACUUCUCCGAGAACCAUCCUUUUUUGCGGCACGUAAAGUAAAGGAAAAGACAAUUAUAAAAUGA